UUUUCUUUUUCUUUUCUUUUUUUCUUGAUAAUGGAACUGCCUCAAGUAGGAAGACACUGUCAACUUGAUGGUUGUCAUGCACUAGAUUUUUUACCUGUGUCUUGUCCUUUAUGUCAGCAUACAUUUUGUGGGGACCAUAGACUUCCUCUUGACCACCAUUGCUCUCAAUGGGCUUGUGUUGAUAAACAACUUGUACAGUGUAAUAUUUGCCAACAGUUGGUUAAAGCACCAGAAAAUGCAUCAUUGAGUCCUGAAAAAGCGCUAGAGAAACAUGUAGAGUCUCGAUGUAGUCUAUAUUUGUAUUCUCCCACUAACAAAAAAGUGAAUGAUCGAUGCAAUGUUGACAAAUGUUUUGAUAUUGACCCUCGUGUUGGUCCUGUCCAUUGUGAUGGUUGUAAUAGAGAUUUUUGUCUAAGGCACCGCCAUCCUUCCUCUCAUGGUUGUCAAUCAUUAGAAACAGAUGAAAAAAGAAAACUAGAAAGGAAGUUAGCUGCACAAGAAAAACUAUCCAAGACAUUUCCCAUGGAAGCAAUGAACAAGAAACGAAAAGUCAUUCAAUCCGUGCUUGUCAAAAGUAAAAGCGGUGGUAUGGUUGAACUCAUGAAAAUGAAGUCACAAGCAAAAGGCACUGGUUCAGUUCCUGCAGCUUCUCGAAUCUAUCUUUAUAUUCAAUGCCCUAAAGAGUCCAAAUUUGAUUCAUUGCCCAUGUACUUUGACAAGAAAAACUCAGUCGGAAAGGCGCUUGAUAUGAUCGCUGAUAUGUGUCAAGUCAACAACAAGAACAACACAUUACCUUCAACAGAUCCUCAAGUAAGUUUUUGUUUAUUUGAAUAGAAAAACCCACAUCUAUUUAAAUAGCGUCUUGAGCUAUACAAGUGCCC